GCGGCGUCUCCGUAAGUCAGCGCGGGGCGCGGGGGCCGCUGGGAAGAUGGCUGCCGUGGGCAUGGCGGCCGCGGCGGCCAAGGGUGCUUGUCGGAGGUGGAGCUGGACGGCCGUCUCCUGCGGCUUCCACCGUGGCCUCUGCACGUUACUCGUUCGGAACCCCGAGAAGGCGCCUCGGUGGCUCCCAGCUUGCAGACGAAAGUCAUCAGUCUCUUUCCUUAGUCGACCAGACCUUCCAAAACUGGCUUAUAAGAAACUAAAAGGCAAAAGUCCAGGAAUUAUCUUCCUCCCUGGCUUUAUUUCUAAUAUGAUGGGUACAAAAGCAUUGGCGAUUGAGGAGUUUUGCAAAUCUCUAGGUCACGCCUAUAUAAGGUUUGAUUACUCAGGAAUUGGAAAAUCAGAAGGGAACUUCGAAGAGUGUACAUUGGGAAAAUGGAGAAAAGAUGUUCUUUCUAUAAUUGAUGACUUAGCUGAAGGACCACAGAUACUAGUUGGAUCUAGCCUCGGCGGAUGGCUUAUGUUUCAUGCUGCAAUAGCACGGCCACAAAAAGUUGUGGCGCUUGUUGGUGUAGCUGCAGCUGUAGAUGUCCUAGUGACAAAGUUUAAUCAGCUUCCUGUUGAGGUACAAAAGGAAAUAGAGUUGAAAGGCGUGUGGAGCAUACCAUCCAAAUACAGUGAAGAAGGAGUUUAUCACAUUCAGCAUAGUUUCAUUCAAGAAGCUAAACACCACUGCUUAUUACAUAGCCCUAUUCCUGUGAACUGCCCUGUAAGAUUGCUCCAUUGCAUGGAGGAUGACGUUGUACCUUGGCACACGUCCGUACAGGUUGCUGACCGAGUAGUCAGCACAAAUGUAGAUGUUAUCCUUCGGAAACAUGGUGAUCACCGAAUGAAAGAAAAAGCGGACAUUCAUCUUCUUGUUUGCACUAUUGAUGACUUAAUUGAUAGACUUUCAACUGUAGUUACCUAAAAUCACAUUUGUAAUGGGUAUGUAAACUAGUGGAUCCAGAAGAUUGAGAGAGGGAUAACAAAUGGAAGAUCCUGAUAUUGGUUUUUUUUCCUGAGGUUUUGUUUAAUGAUGUCUUUGCACUUAAGUGAUACAAAUUUUAAAGAAAGUACAGUUGUCCCUCUGUACCCUCCACCUCUGGGAUACCAGAUUCUGAGGGUGCUCAAGUUCAUUAUAGAAACAGGGCAUAGUAUUCUAACCUAUGCACAUCCUCCUGUGCACUUUAAAUCAGCUCUAGAUUGUUUGUAGCACCUAAUCCAAUGCAAAUGCUGUAUAAAUACUUGUCAUACUGUAUUGUUUUAGGGAUCAACCUUCUGGAGUUUUUCGUUAAGUAUUUUUGACCCGUGGUUGGUUAAAUCCAGAGAUACCAAACCUGCAGAAUCAGAGGGCAGAAUAUAGUAGCUGCUAGAAAAUUGGAAAUUUUUCUUCCUUCAGUCCCUGAUUUCUUUUUUCAUUAUUAUAUUUCCUAUAUUUUUAUUCAGGAUGUUUAACUUCUAAUACUUUUGUUAACUGUGUCAGCUUUUAGUUGUGUUCUGGUCUCCUUAGAAUUAUUAAUAAAGCUUAAAAUUUUCGUAUUUUGUUUGGUAUCAUUGUAUAUGGAUAUUUGUAAAAUUCUGAUUUUAAAAUGAAUUCACAAAAUAUAGGGAAAAAGCCUAAAAUGAUUAGAGAAAUGUCUGAAGCAUAAUAAAG